AUGGUAUCAGACAGCACCUCCCUCGCCGCAGCAAUCCUAGCAGCAGCAGCUUUCAUCACUUCUUUCCUACAGUUUCUGCUUGAGUACAUAAGCUCAAGCGAAUCACGCAGCAAAUGCAAUCGAGCAGCCAUCAACUUCGCAGCACAGGACGUUAGCCACAAGUGGUCAUUCAUAGGCUGGAAGAUGAAAUUGUACUACCCGGAACUCGACAUGUCGUGCUUCAGAAUUUUGCAAGCUUUGGAAACAGGGUUUGAGCAUGGGAUAGACUAUUCCGAAAUCAGAGACUUUCUGGAUGACGAUAGGAUGUUCUGGUAUAGGCUCAGCUCUGAGAAAGUGCCACGAACGCAAAAUGUAAGUGAUGAUUUGGCUGCAUUGGCUUGGAUCCCCGAUAAAGGAGACUAUGAAUUCCGCCUUGUCAAAGAAUCGGAACUCAGCUGGUGGAAAAGAAUACGAUUCUGGUGGUGGAGGUAUCGUCAUCCGCUCCAACUCAUGCGUCGUCCUCGUGCUUCAUGGUCUCAAAUCAUAACUGCCUGCGGCAUCCGGAAGACCGAAUCGCUCAAACGGCGGCUGAUAGACGCAGAUACAAUCCCAUCAUGCAUGGAUGUGCCAUUCCAGUAUGUUGAGUUGUCUUCGCUCGGUAUGCUGUGUAUCAUCAUGGGAUUUAAGAAUAUUACUAUCAAUAAUGAGGACCGGACUUUCCAUGCAACUGGGCCAUCGAGAGCAAUCACUACGGAAAAUAUCCAGACUAUCGGAAAAGUGCUCCGCUUCGAUGGCGACGUUUUCGAAAUUCAUGAUGCGGUUCGAUCAAAGUAUGGUAUUCAAGGGGAUAACGUUGCCUGGAUGAACACAAUGGCAGCCAUGACCUGCGGUGCAAUGUUCUUCGGAAAAUAUAUUUGCGGCCAAAACAUUCAUCUGCCAAUUGAUAUCUUAGCAGAGGCAAUCACUCUUGACUCAAAAGUGGAUGAAUUUGAGAGCAAUGUCUGGAACUUCAUUCACUCGGAUGAAAGUGACGAUGGAGUUGCCGGUAAUCUGCUCAAGGAGGCUCAUAACUUCCAGGAUCUUAUGGAAGGGCUUCAAAGUUCCGGCAAUUACAGCGGUCUCACCCCCGACUAUUCACGCACUAUCAGAACUGACACAGUGCCAUGGCUCAACAGCAUCGAGGAUUUUUUAUCCACAGGACUGGGAGCUGCGCCUGGAGGAUUAUACAGUUGGGGUAUCUGCUCUCUCGCCGAGCUCUACAGCCAGCUCCCGGAUAGUGUCAAGGGCAGCAUGGUGGAGUAUUCUCUUUGCAAAACAGGUAAUAACCUAAAUGAAUAUAUUCGUCCCAAGGACAGGGAUGUGACAAGGUCUAUAUUUAUGCCCCAUACACUGAAACUCCUCGCCGACUUUCGACCACAACAUUGGAAAUACCAACUUACGGGAAAGCAAAGGUUUAAUGUGGUCAAGAAAUGGUCCGCUGAUCAUCUUCUUUGGGCGCAGAUCAUAUUGAUUGACAUUACUAUCCGGCUCGUCGUCUCUGGCGACAGUGAGAAAAUCGAUGCCCCCAAGAUAGAUGGUCCGCAAGAUAAGGACGACGAAAAGCUGGGUAGUCCAGCAGACACAGACAACGCACAAUCCUGGGAAUUGCGAGAGGUUCAUUUAGUCCAAGCAAUUGCGGCGAGCUGGAGGAUACAUGAAAGAUACCAUGGCAAGAAACCACAGCACAUGCUGAAAUGGGAUUUGGUCCCAUACUUGAAAGAGUCUCAAGCGAUUCAGUGUUCAGCCGGGAGAAGUUUAGAUGAAAAGUAUGAAAGGCUUGCUGACCUCCUCAAGACUCGAGUGUUGUUUGUCGUGGCUCUUUUCACGCUGGGUCCUGAUACGUCGGACGUCUUUCUGGCCCAAGAAUAUAGCAUUCAUAUGCCCAUGAUAUAG